AUGGCUGCUGCUGAGGAGAUGGCCUGUGCGGACCAACAGGAAUUGCUUCGCCUACUCGAGGACCAUGGGCAGCAAUUUCUCGGGUCCUUCGCUUCGCCAGUAGUCAUUGGUAAAAGGAAGGGCGAGACAUCUGACGAAGAGAGGCAGCCGAAGAAGCGGAAGGUGAACGAUGAGUCCGAGGAGGAAUGGUCAGGAUUCGGCAGUAAUGAUGAGGACUCCAUAUCAGACUCGGACGAGGACCUAGACGGAGGUUCUGCCGAGGAGAUCGGGGAACAGCAAGAGCGGAAUGCAUCUCGUCGGCCAGAUGUGGUCGUAUUUUCUGAUCAGUCCGCGAAAACCAGUACAUCUGCAUCUCAACCGACCAAAGCUCAGAUGAAGGCGUUCAUGUCCUCUAAAGUGACAAAGGUUUCCCAAGACGUUCAAGAACAUGAAUCUGAUGAGAAGUCAUCGGACGAGGAUGAUGAACGCACACAUGUUCAGAACGAUGCCCUUCUACAUCGUCUCGUUCACACGCAUAUUCUUCCUGGUUCUUCAAAUCCGGAUCUCAGUUUGACCCCUGCACAGCGGAAGAAGAUGUUGGCAGGUCGGAUCUUAGAAGCGGCAGGAAAAGCGAAGCUGGGCAAAGGCGAGACCACCGUGCGUUCCGCGGAGCACAAGAUGGCGGCAAAACGUGUGCGGGAAGGCAUAAUAGCAAAGCAGAAGGAGCGCAACCAGAAGCAGCUUGAAGAGGCGAAAAAUCUAGGCAAUUACCAUCCAACACUCAAAAGAUUGUAUGAUGCGUCUUCACAGACACAAAACCGGAAACGGACGAGAGAGAAGGGCCUCAGGAUGGGCGUUGGAUCAUUCAGAGGCGGGGUUCUGAAGCUUAGUCGAGAAGACAUCAGUUCGGUGCAGGCCACAACAGGGGAUCGUCGUCGACGAGAUUUUAAAAGAAAAGGGGCAAAGCGGUAG